GUCGGGGUCAGGGUCAGAGAUCACAGUCUGGUGGCUAGGAAGUGUUGGGGUCACGGCCCCGCUUAGGUCUGAGGUCAUGGGAGGUCUGGUCCUGGGGUCAGAGGUCAUAAUUGAUCAGAAGACGUUGUACCAUAAUCUGAAUGGGUUGCUGUCAGGUCACCAUGCAGAGCCCAGCCUGCAAGAUCAUCUGCAGGGGAAGAAGCACCAGCGGCUGGAGAGCUUGCGUGCCAAGCGGCAAGAUCAGGAGCUUCGCAGUGUCUUUGUCAGUGGCUUCCACAAGGGUACAUCAGCCUCCGAGCUGAGUGAAUACUUCCAGACCUUCGGGGACGUGGCCAGUGUGGUGAUGGAUAAAGACAAGGGUGUAUAUGCUAUUGUGGAGCUACAGGACCAGGAGGUGAUGGAGAAGGUGCUGGCUCAGCCUGAACAUUGCUUGGGGGGGCAGCGGCUGCGGGUGAAGCCCCGGGAGAAGAAGGAAUUCAAGUACAUGCCUCCCAAGAAGCAGGGAUCUGCACAUCGUGAACAGCUGAGUCCUGAAAAGCUGGUCCAGGCCCUGUGCCAGGCUGAUGAUGUGGAUUCCCAGAUGUCACAGCUGGUGCAGCUGUUUGAGCUCUCCGAGAGCGAGAGGCGGCUGCGACACCUACUGGUCACCCUGUUCCAGGAGGUUUUUUCAGAGUUCUUCCCUGGAUGUGCCAUCCUCCCCUUUGGCUCGUCGGUGAAUGGAUUUGACAUCCAUGGCUGUGACCUGGAUUUGUUCCUGGACCUGGAGAAAACAAAAACCUUCCAGGCAUCUGCAAAGGGACCCCAGGGGGCACAGGCCGAGGCGGGGGCAGGGCCAGACUCUGACUCGGAGGACUCCAUCCUGAGUGACAUUGAUCUGACAACAGCGACGGUGCCCGAGGUGCUGGAGCUGGUGGCAGCUGUGCUACGGAAGUGUGUACCAGGUGUGCACAGCGUCCAGGCAGUGCCCAGUGCCCGCCGCCCUGUCGUCAAGUUCUGCCACAAGGACUCUGGGCUGCUGGGAGACAUCUCCAUCAACAACAGGCUGGCGCUCUGCAACACACGCUUCCUACAGCUCUGUACAGAGGCUGAUGAGCGGGUGCGGCCCCUGGUCUAUGCACUGCGCUACUGGGCCAAGCAGCAGGCCCUGGCGGGAAACCCCUUUGGGGGUGGCCCCCUCCUCAACAACUAUGCACUGACCCUGCUGGUGCUGUUCUUCCUGCAGACACGCAGCCCCCCGGCCUUGCCCACACUGGCCCAGCUCAGGGAGCUGACAGGGGAUGGGGAUCAGGCUAUUGUGGACGGCUGGGAUUGCAGCUUCCUCCAGGACGCGUCACGGCUGGAGUCCAGCACCAACACGGAGAGUCUGUGUUCCCUCCUGGCCGAAUUCUUCCGUGUCUUUGGGGACCAUGACUUUGCUGGCUGCGUGAUCUCGCUGAAGGAGGGCCAGGCGCUGCCCCUCCCCAGCUUCCUGCUCUCGGAGAUGGGUGCCAAGCUCAAGCUGGGCCCCUUCAAUGUGCAGGACCCCUUCGAGCUGAGCCACAAUGUGGCAGCCAACGUCAAUGAGAAGAUAGCGCUGCGGUUCCAGCACUGCUGCCGGGAUGGGGCCAAGUACUGCCGCAGCCUGCAGUACCAGCGCAAAUCCAGCAAGGGGAAGGCCUGGGGGCUUGUGCGGCUCUUCCAGCCAGGCGUGCCGGAGGCUGGGGAGCUGGGCCCUGAUGGGCUCCUCAUCACCAUCCCCUUCACGCUGAUGGCACUCUCCCCUGGGAGCCGGCAGCAGUUGUGCCAGGCCAGGGACUUCCGGCGCUGCUGGUUUGACAAGGUGUGUGCCGCCAUCACCUUCGUGCUGAAGGAUGUGCUGAAGUGCAGCUGCACAGGGCCUGUAGGAGAGCCCCUGGGGCAGGAGCCCACAGAGCAGGGUGGAGGUGAGCAGCCUAUAGUGGGGUCCAAGCACCCCCGGUCUGAUGAGGGAGGAAGCUUGGCUGUCUUCCCAGCCAAGAAGAAGCUGAGACCAGAGGGCCCAGUGCCAGAGGAGGAGGAGAGCCUGAGCUGGAGCUGUGCUGUGUGGCAUCGUGUCUGGAUGGGCCGGCGCCGCGUCCGACGCCAGCUCCGACACCUGGGCAGCCCACAGCCAGACGCAGAGCAGGAGGCUGGCUCCCUGGAGGUGGAGGAAAAGGUGUCAGAGGCCAUAAUCCAGCAGGAGGGAGAUUCCAUGGGGUCAGAGCCACUGCUGAGGUUCACAGCCUGUGCCCGGGUGGGCAGGGGCCAGGAGGACACGCGGACCCUCCUGUGCUUCACCCCAGGCCCCCAGCACGGCCUUCUGUUCCAGGACUUCUAUCAUUUUUUACAGGGCUUUCUGCCCAGAAUGGUGGAGCGGUAUGUGACCAGAGCAGCCAGGGGUGGGCAGUGACAUCCAUGCCUGCACCCUGAGACUGGGGGAUGCUAUUUUAAAUGGACUUUGCUGUGUGUACCAUGCGAAUGGGAAGGGAAUAAAGGGCCUAGCUAAGUGCUUCUCUGGGCUGUGCCUGUCCCGCUGCUUGGGGGCUGGGAGGAAGUCCCCUGCUGGAUGCAGGCCUUUCUCCUAUCACCCUGCCCAGCGUCUUGUGAAUGUGCUGCUGUUUGUCCCCUCUGGCGCCUCAUAGCUCUGGGAUUUGAAGCGCUGGCCUGACAGUAUUCUGCAUGCAUUAUUGGGGGUGGGGCUGAUUCUUCAUGGGGUGGAGGCGGACUAUCAGCAACGGCCAAUGCGGCAUGAGUGGUGAGUAUAAAUGCAGUUGAUGCCUGGAGGGGCAGUUGCAGAGCAAGGAGUGAGAGGCCUGGAGUGGAUAGACCUUGACUGUGGCCAGUUCAGCUCCGCUCUCCUCUCCAUGCAGCAACAGCAGUACUAUGUGCUCCACUGGGGGCUAUUGGGGAGGGAUCUAUGGGAAGGGGCAGUAAGGGGUUGGGGGAUGUACUGGGAAGGGAUGGGGCUCCAGGAGAGGCAGCUCAGAGCAGGAGAAAGUGUUUCCCAGCCCCAGGCAUGGCCCCGCUCCCUCCCAGGGCUUUAAGUGCUGCCUUCCCCAAGUGGAAUAGGUCAAGGGUGCGGGGGAGGGAAGAAGAAAAAGUAUUUAGGGCCCUAGAGCGUGUAAUACUCCCUCCCUCAGGGGCAUGCAGGUGAGGGAGCAUGGGCAGAAUGGGGCCAGGCUAGGAUUGGGGUUCUAGAGGCAAUAUAGCACCUUUCCUCCAUAGUGCCUCACCGGUGGGCACCAUACCUGAGGGCAUUUCAUACCUGAGGUUAAACCAGGGGUUGGGGUGCAGGGCAGCAGCGUGGUCUCUGGUAGUUUCCAGUGGAGCCCAGCAGUGCACUAUGUGAUUUAACGCAGAUCUAUUCACUGCACCUACUGAGUUCUGAGAGGUGGGCGGGUCCAAGACCCUUCCCCCAGCCUAAGUGGUGUCGGGGG